AUGCGCUUCCUUCCAGUUUCCCUUGCUCUUCUAGCGGGCCGAGCGCUCGGAAGUCCCGUGUCUGGGCUUCCGGUCAAGAUCGAGACCAGGUCGAAGCUCGACUCUCACCUUGCCAACGUCCACGUCCGCUUUGACGAGGCUGUUGAGGGAGACGUUACUUACACCUACGGGUCCUGUUCGGCCAAGGAGCUGCGCGACGCUCACCACGUUGUCGCACGCAGCAACCACCGGAACUAUGACUCCAGACUUGUCUGGCUCAUUCCCAAGGAUGUUACCACCGAGGGCUGUAUCUCGGCCUGGGGUGCCGAUGGCUCUCUGGUCGGUCGCAGCACUUCGCAGAGCUUCAAGCCCAACAAGCGGGCUCUGAAGAAGCGUGGCGAGUACAGCAUCGCCAUGACCAACGAGACUGGCAUCGAUACGCUGGGCCCGUGGUUUGACGGUGUCGCCCUGCUCGAGAGCAAGAACCUCAGCGCUGUUGAUGUCGCCGAGGCCAAGAGCAAGGAGAUUGCCAUUGUCGGUGCCGGUAUGGCUGGUCUGAUGACCUACCUCGUCCUUCACCAGUCGGGCAUGGAGAACAUCAAGAUCAUUGAGGCUUCUCAGCGUCUCGGUGGCCGUGUCCACACCGAGUACCUCUCUGGUGGACCUUUUGACUACUCCUACCAAGAGAUGGGCCCCAUGCGUUUCCCCAAGACUCUGACCAUGGGCAACGACACUCUCAACAUCACCGAUCACCAGAUGGUGUUCCAGCUUGCCGCCGAGAUGAACAAGCUCAACAACCAUGCCAGCAACUGGAGCGUCGACUUCAUCCCCUGGUUGCAGUCGAGCAACAACGGUCUUUACUACUACGACGGCAUCAAGUUGGACACUGGCCUGCCCCCUACCCUGGCUCAGAUUGCCGACAACUCGUCCCUGGCCAUCACUCUGGAGGACAACGAGUCGACCACUGAGCUCUCCAACACCAUGAGCGCCAUUCUCGCCAAUGAUACCUUUACUGCCCUCAUGGCUACCAACAUGCACCAGGCCCACAAGGACUUCCUUUCUGGCGGCUUGGAUGGCCAGGAUGGUGACCACUGGUCCGAGUUUGGCUUCCUGGUUAACUACCUGAAGGGUAACCUGAACGACACUGACAUUGUUUCCGGAGGUUACUUUGAGACUUCCUUCUGGGACACCCUCUACGAGGGCAUGUACUUUGAUGCUUCCUCCUACGAGACCAUUGACGGUGGUCUCAACCGUCUGCCUCUGUCUUUCCACCCGCUUGUGGACAAUGUCACCACCAUGGGUCGCUCCAUCGAGCGCGUCAAGUGGUUGCCCGAGACCGAAAAGGUGCAGCUCGAGUGGCGCGAGAAGAAGGCCCCCAACGUGACUUCUGGUCCCAGCGCCGUGUGGGCCAACGAGACCUUUGAUUAUGCCGUUAUGGCCCUACCAUUCUCAGUGAUUCAGGGCUGGAGACUGCCCACGCUGCCCGCCACCAUUAGCAACGCCAUCAACGAGAUGCCCUUUACCGCAGCCUGCAAGGUGGCGCUCGAGUUCUCGACGCGCUUCUGGGAGCACUAUGAGAACCCCAUCUACGGUGGCUGCUCGACCUCGACCGAUAUUCCCGGUGUCGGCAGCGUCUGCUACCCUUCGUACAACAUCAACGGUACCGGCCCCGCCACCAUGCUGGCCAGCUACAUCUCGGGCGACCAGUGGGGCAACCGCUGGGUCUCUGUUUCCGAGGAGGAGCACGUCCAGUACAUUCUCGACGCCAUGAUUGAGAUUCACGGUGACGUUGCCGCCGAGCAGUACACUGGCAAGUACAACCGCCGCUGCUGGAUGCUCGACCCCUACGAGAAGGGCAGUUGGGCCAGCCCCAAGGUCGGCCAGCACGAGCUUUACAUUCCCGAGUACUUCAAGACCUACAGCAACAUGAUCUUUGUUGGCGAGCAGACCUCGUAUACUCACGCUUGGAUUGCCUCGGCUCUCGAGUCUGGAGUCCGUGGUGCCAUUCAACUCCUUCUCGAACUCGGCUUGGUUGAUGAGGCCAAGGCUGCCAACGAGAAGUGGAUGGCAAGAUGGAUCGAAGUUGUAAGUUUUCAUCUCAAUAGACCCAUAGAUAUAACCCCCAACUAA